CCACUGAUUCACACAGCUGACUAUCUACCAGGUCCCUCUACUAGCUGUGAAUCAGCUGGAAAGAGGCUAUCAGCGCGCCGACAGCUUCUGUUAGGACGGAUUCAGUGCCCUGUAACCCAGAGAAAUAUAUCUAGCUAAUUAUCCGUAUUAUUUAAUUCAUAGAAUGGGAUUAACCACUCACUGAGCCAAGAUUCAAGCGACUCCCCUUCCUGGUACGCCAUAGCACUAAAAACAUCGCGUGAUGUCACCGGUGUGUUCGCGAGAGUUUGAAAUUAUUGUUGGCAUCUGCAGGAGAUACUAAUCUAUGGUCCUGACGCUCACAUUUUCAAGAUGGCUGCCUCCUUGUCAGGAUUAUUAAAACCUUGGACACCGAGAGUGUUCCUGGUGAGAUGGAGCAGAUACAACCCUUACUAUCUGGAGCCAGAGGUCAGGAAAGAGGUCUACAGCAGAACAGAGACGGAACUGAGUGCUGAGGAGAAGGAGCAGCAGGAGCUCAAAGCCGUCAGACCCAUUAAGGCAGCUCCAAGUGGAAUCACCAGCUCUGUUUUUAAUGACCCAGUUGUCAGUAAAUUCAUCAACAUGAUGAUGCAAAAAGGAGACAAGAUUUUGGCCCGAGGGAUCUUCACAGAGACCGUGGAGAACAUAAAGAGGAUACAGGUGGAGAAAUACCACAAAGCUCCAGAGGGGAAGAAGGAAACGAUUGAGUGUAACCCUUAUACCAUUUUUCAUCAGGCUGUGGAGAACUGUAAGCCUGUCGUCGGGCUGGCCAGCAUACAGAAAGGUGGAAAGUACUACCAGGUGCCCAUCCCUCUUUCAGACAACAGACGCCGCUUCCUCGCAAUGAAAUGGAUGAUCACAGAGUGCAAGGUCAACAAACACAGACGCACGCUGAUACAGGAAAAACUUACCCAGGAACUGCUGGCAGCCUAUGCGAAGGAGGGCAACACGAUCAAGAAGAAGCACGAGAUGCACAAGAUGGCUGAAGCCAACAGAGCCUAUGCUCACUACCGCUGGUGGUAGAAAGGAACUCCUCAGGACCGAAACCCUGUCGACUCAGAUGUUUCUUCAGAUUUGACAGACUGGACAGAUGUUGUGUUGACCAAAAAAAGAAAAGGUCAUGGAAGAUACAGUGACGUGUUGUGUUGCUCAAUGAGCUGUUCUAAACAGCAAACACAGCGAAAGUCCUUUGGUAGAAGAACUACACUGUAUAAAGUGCUGCGACGCGACAGUGAAAUAUAAAGGGCAACAAGGAUCACUUUUUGUUAUGAAAAACUGCAUUCAGUACAAUAAAAAGUCGUGCUCAAUUUUAUUGCUAUUUCAGACCCAAUAAACACAUAAAACUGAAUUCUUGAAAAAUGUCAGAUUUAUUAGAUUUGCCUUAAAUGUAUAAGUGUAAAAAGAAAAGGAAUUGAUUAACAAGAGUGUUAUAAAAUAUAAAGUCAGUAGACUAUUAGCGUGUUAAGGAAUUCAAACUUUUUAUCAGCUUGGUCUGAAUGUGAUGAUGAGUACCAAAACUAACAAAUCUCACCAACUAGAAAAAGGACUUAGGCCAUGGAUGAGCUUCUCAUGAAGUUAUGUUUAUUGAGGGUUUUUUUCUCUGAAUUGAUCAAAGUUGAUUUAUCAGACUGCUAUGAAAGACAAUUUUCUAUUAAGCUUAACCUAUUUAUAUAUUUUUACAGGUCCAGCAUUUCAAAAAUGACAGACAUGUAAUAAUUUAUCCACGUGACAUUCGUCCUUUGGUCGUUUCUGAUGUUUGUUGCUAGUGCUGGUGGAAGCUGAAUUCAAAGGAAAAAAAUACUUCUCUACCCGCUUUAUACUCAUAACUGACCUGUGUAUAUAUGAUGGGAGGAAAAAUACCAGUAGUGGUGGAAAGUAACUAAGCACAUUUACUUAAGUACAAUUUUGAGGUACGUCACGUGAGUAUUUCUUUCUUCUGCUACUUUAUAUUAGUAUAUUGUAGUUUUUCAGUGCACUACAUUUAUUGGAUAGCUUUAGUUAAUAAGCUGCUUAGCAGUUUCAGAUUAAUACAAAAUAUGACUGACAAUUUACAUUUACAUUUAAUUAAAAUACAGCUUUAUUGAUCACAAGCAACAUAACGGUAUGUAAAGAAUUAAAAUUAGUUCUACCUUUGGCAGCUGCAACAUUAAAGUUAUGUACACAUUAGUGCAUCAGUAAAUAUAAUUCAAUAAUAGAAUAUAUGGUUCUGAAAUAGGUCAAUGAAUGCUUUAACCCUCCUUUUGUACUUUUGUUUUUUCAAACUUUCCAGUGCAGGACUUUCACUUCUAGCAGAGCAUUUAAUGCUUGUUUUACUAAAGUAAAUGAUUUAAGACCUUUUUCCACCACAGUCCUCCAGCUCCUCUGCAAAUUAAAACCUUAGGCUUUGACAGAUUUAUCUGCAGAAACACUGUUUAAAUAUGAACUGUAACCAAUCUGUUUUUAUUUAGAAGGUGAGCUGUAAAAAAAAUAAAAAAUAAAAUAAAAUAAAAGAACAUCCCUGAAUUAAGACACAACGAUUCAUCUGACAAAAUGGUCUCACAUAAUGAGACACAGUGAAGCAGUAACACAGGAAUCCUACUGGACAAAUUAGGCAAAAAACUCCUCUGAACUGCAUUUCAAACAAAACAACUGUAAAUUCUACACUAAAAUAUUCAACUAAAUUCAUAAAAUAUUGAUUUUCAUUUAAAUUAAAACAUUGGUCACACAAGAAUAAAAAGUAAAGCAAAAACCAAAUCAGCUUGCAUCUGACUGGAAUGUGUGAUACCAGCCCUUUGGAUUUGAUAAAAAAUAAAUGGGACUUGGAAAUGUUUUCUCGAAACAGGAAUGCCUGCAUGAUUAAAAAAGAACAAGAGCCUAAAAAAUAUCUUCAGCGUCUUUAGCUGUAGUCGAAAUUGAAACAAAGUGUACCUGAAUGUGGAUAAACCUCGUAAACUUCAACUCCUUGUGAACUAUUGCACGUUCCACAUCCACGGCACGUCUGUAAUAUUAUCAAACACAGGGAACAAUCCGGCAAAAUGAAAGUCUUUUUUUUUUUUUUUUUUUACAGUUUAUGAACUGCACUCUUGA